AAACCAAUAUCUGGCCUUAGAAUCCAAUUCUUCUCAAUGGGAAGCCAAAUGAAGAAGCAAUUUGCUUGUGCUUUGGCAUUUUUCUUGAUUGCCACAUGCACUAUGGCAUAUUCACCUUAUUCUUAUGAAUCAUCAGAUUCAACAUACAAUAAAGUACCAACCACAGUAGUCAAAAGUGAAGACUUCAAGGCACCCUCAGAGUCUGAAAAGGAAUAUAAGUCGUCAUUCUUGCCAAAAAAUGAUUACUACAAGAAGCCAUUAGUUUUAGAAGAUAACUAUAAGAAAGAACCAUCUGUUUCCGAACAAGAAUACAAGGUGCCAUUCUUGCCAAAGAAUGACUACAACAAGAAACCAUCAUAUUCAGAAGAUAACUACAAGAAGGCGUCAUAUGUUCCAGAGGUACCCUCGAUGGAUAAACCAGCAUAUAAGGAGUCAUUUUUUCCAAAAUUUAACUACUUCAAGAAGCCAUCAGUUCCAGAAGAUAACUACAAGAAGGCGUCAUAUGUUCUAGAGGUACCCUCGAUGACUAAACCAGAAUAUAAGGAGUCAUUUUUUCCAAAAUUUGACUACUUCAAGAAGCCAUCAGUUCCAGAAGAUAACUACAAGAAGGUGUCAUAUGUUUCAGAAGUACCCACAGUGCCUAAAUCGGAAUACAAGGUACCAUCUUUGCCAAAGAAUGACUACUACAAGAAGCCAUCAUAUGUUCUUGAGGAACCCUCGAUGGCUAAACCAGAAUAUAAAGAGUCAUUCUUACCAAAAUUUGACUACUUUAAGAAGCCAUUUGUUUCAGAAGAUAGCUACAAAAAAGUACCAUAUGUUUCAAAGGUGCCCUCAGUUCCUAAAGAAGAAUACAAAGUGCCUACUUUGUCAAAAAAUGAUUACUACAAGAAGCCAUCAGUUCCAGAAGAUAACUAUGAAAAGGUGUCAUAUGUUCCAAAUCUACCCUCAGUGCCUAAAGAAGAAUACAAGGUGCCUUCUUUGUCAAAGAAUGACUACUACAAGAAGCCAUCAAUUCCAGAAGACAGCUACAAAAAAGUGUCAUAUGUUCCAAAGGUGCCUUUUGUGCCUAAAGAAGAAUACAAGGUGCCUUCUUUGCCAAAGAAUGAAUACUACAAGAAGCCAUCAAUUCCAGAAGAUAACUACAAGAAGGUGUCAUCUGUUCCAGAAGUACCCUCAAUGUCUAAACCAGAAUACAAGGUGCCAUCUCUGCCAAAAAAUGACUACUUCAAGAAACCAGCACCUUCUCCAUCACCACCACCUCCUUACUACCAUGAAUCAUCUUCAACACCUUCUCCAUCACCACCUCCUCCAUAUUAUUAAAUCUUCAUUUUUCACGCUCAACAUGUUUCAAGGAAGUCCUUCUCACGCUCAACAUAUAUGAGUUAGAAGGCAUGUUAUCAAAAUUUGUAAUUCUUUAUUUGUAUUUUGAAUAUUUCCAGAGGAUUGUUUAUUUCAAUUGAAUACAAGUUCUUUUUAUUAA